AUGGCGCACACAGACACUGUCGACCGUGGGUUCAUCACGGGCCCGGUCAACAAGGGCGAUGGAAAAGAGUACAGCUGCCUAAGCCACGUUGUCGACCUCUAUUCGACCAUCGAUAGGCACCUUGAUAUGGAGGUCGAUUACAAGGAGGACACUGAUAGCGGCUCCCCUGGUGUCGAAUACGAGGACGAUGACGAAGAGGACGAUCAGAGUACGGGCACGGAGGUCUGCUCGUCGCCUGGCAGCGAUGCCAUGACCGAUGACGGCAACAAGAUUAGCGAUGAUGAGGAUGAGGGCGAUGAUGAGGAGUACUAG